AUGAGUCUGUGGACUAACGACUCCUCCGCGGAUCUUUACGCCCGGGCGCAGCCCCCGCUGCCGCGCUCCAACUUCACCAACCGCACCGACGGCUCCCAGCACCGCGGCCACCACGGCGCCGCCCCGCUCGACCUGGCCCGGGCGGUGCCGGUGGGCAUGGUGCUGGCUUCCUUCAUCAUGUUCGCCAUCGUGGGCAACAUCCUGGUGAUCCUGUCGGUGGUCUGUAACCGGCACCUGCGGAUCCCCACCAACUACUUCAUCAUCAACCUGGCCAUCGCGGACCUGCUGCUGGGAACCACCGUGCUGCCGGUGUCCGCCACCCUGGAGGUUCUGGAUUCCUGGGUGUUUGGUCGGAUCUUCUGUGACAUCUGGGCAGCGGUGGACGUCCUGUGCUGCACGGCGUCCAUCAUGUCUCUGUGCGUCAUCUCCAUCGACCGUUACAUCGGCGUUCGAUACCCGCUGCAGUACCCGAUGAUCGUCACCGAGAGGCGGGCGCUGCUCGCCAUGCUGGGUGUCUGGAUCCUCGCCAUCGUCAUCUCCAUUGGCCCGUUGCUGGGCUGGAAGCAGCCGCCGUCGCAGGACGACACCAAGUGUCAGAUCACUGAGGAGCCUUUCUACACCCUCUUCUCCUCCCUCGGCUCCUUCUACAUCCCUCUGGCCGUCAUCCUGGCCAUGUACUGCCGCGUCUACAUCGUGGCCAAACGCACCACUAAGAACCUGGAGGCUGGCGUGAUGAAGGAGCGUCUGGAGGACUCCAACGAGCUCACCCUGAGGAUCCACUGCAGGAACCAGCAGGUCCACGAGCUUUGUCCCGGCGCCUCGGCCGGACGCAGCGCGCUCUCCGUCAAACUGCUCAAGUUCUCCAGAGAGAAGAAAGCGGCCAAGACGCUGGGCGUGGUGGUGGGCAUGUUCGUCCUCUGCUGGCUGCCCUUCUUCCUGGUCCUGCCCAUCGGCUCAUUCAACAGCAGCCUCCGUCCUCCUGAAACCUACUUCAAAGUCAUUUUCUGGUUGGGAUACUUCAACAGCUGCCUGAACCCCAUCAUCUACCCCUGCUACAGCCGCGAGUUCAAACAGGCCUUCAUCCGGAUCCUGCACUGUCGCUGGAAGAGGAAGCGUCAGGGCUGCUACAACUACCGCGGCCAUCAAGGCUCCAACACCUCGUCCUUCCUGAGCGGCAGCCUGCAGACGCUGUCCUCCAUCAGCCCCAGCGCACGCUGCGUCGCUUCCAGGCUGCAGCCCCCGCCCUGGCCCUCCUCCUCCAACCGAGGCCUCCUCCCCGGCUCGGCGGGAAGAGGACAGCCGGGCCCGGUGUCCCCGCUUGCCAAGGAUGCUGUUCACAUCAAUGGACAGUUCGGAGUUGCCAAUUCACGCUCCACACACAAAAGCACCGGCUUUGCUAGGAUUCCUUAG